AUGGAAAUACCUAAAGAGAUUUUUCAUCAAUUUCACCUUCGAGUUCAACCAUUUGGAAGUACUAACUCAUUGAAAGAAUUAAAACGAGAAAGAAAAUUUGCUGAAUUAAUGCUCCAAUCUGAGAGAAAGUGUCGUUUAAAAUGUCGUGUUACUGCAAAUGACCAAAUAGAAGUUGAAGGAUAUAAUAGUUUAAAUCGAGCACUAGUACUUAUUUAUAUUAAUCAUGCUGUUAUACUUAAACAAGUUGAAGUACAAAAAGGAUAUUUUUUGUUUUCAUUUAAUCCAAUGGUUAGAGGGGUCAUUCAAGUAUGCCUUGUAGAACCAGAACUUCAAAUUGUACUUGUUGGACUUACUAAUUUUAAUAAAAAAUAUCAAACAGAAAUUAGUCAAAUUAAUGUUUUAAAUGCUUCUAUUCAAAUUUCAUUUUCACCAAGAACUAUUGAAGAAUGCUGCUGUGGUAUUUUUGAAAGAAAAGAGAAUGACUCAUUACAUUUCAUUAAAAGCAUGAAAGUCUUACCAAAUGUUAAGAAAAUACAAAUGACUUUUAACCAACCUUUAAAAAAAGGAUCUUAUUUUAUUCGUAUCUUUGUUAAACAACCAAACAUGCUUUUAGACCCAAAUACUAUUUCAUCUGAAACACCUUUUGUUCUUCAACACUAUUUUACUAAAUGA